AUGGAAUCCCAGCAGUUACAAAGAGAAUUUCCUGCCUCUGAGGUUGCAAACGAAUUUGUGAACCAGUAUUACUGUGUUCUAAACAACUGUCCAGAUAAGCUAUACGAGUUCUACAAAGAUUGCAGCACUAUCACCCGCCCUGAACCCAAUGGUCAAUUGUUGCAUGUAACAACCCUAGAAGCUAUUAAAAACAAUAUAGUGUCUUCGCUCAAUGAGGGAAAUGAGGUUAAAAUAGGAACUGUGGAUUCACAAGAAGCUUAUAAUGAAUCUUAUAUCAUAUUGGUUGCAAACGAAUUUGUGAACCAGUAUUACUGUGUUCUAAACAACUGUCCAGAUAAGCUAUACGAGUUCUACAAAGAUUGCAGCACUAUCACCCGCCCUGAACCCAAUGGGCACGAGAAUGUCGAAAGAAAAUUUGCCCAGUCUUUCUUUUUAGCACCACAGGAGAGAGGCUAUUUUGUUCUAAACGAUGCAUUUCGGUAUUUGGAAGAAUCCCAGUAUUCAGAAGAGAAAACUUAUAUGUCGGCUAAUGCUGUUUGUGAUGAGCCUUUGCAGGAAGAGAUAGUUCCUGCAAAAGAAAUUCAAAGAUUUGAAUCACAACCUUCGAAAUUGGAAAAUAAACAUGCUACUGAAACUGUUGAGAAUGAACAACAGCUUAAGGAUAUUGAGAAAACUAUUUCACCACCAGAAGAAACAACAAAAAUGAGUUUUCUAGCAGUUCUUUUGAAAGAGAACCCACAUCCUAUUCAAAGGCCAACUGUUGUGGUGAAAUUUCCAAUAAAUACCGGACUGAAAGCAAAUGUACCAUCACAAGUACAUACAACAUCACAAUCCUUGAACUCUAAUUCUGGAAAAGCCCCAGUCAAUGAGAACUCAAUCCAUUUAAGAAAUUUGCCAUGGAAUUCUACAAUUACCUUGCUUGAAGAAGAGUUUAAAAAAUAUGGUUCUAUAAAGCCUGGUGGAAUUCAAAUCAGAGCCAACAAGGAAAAAAGCUUUUGCUAUGGUUUCAUUGAGUUCCAAUCAUCAACUUCUGUGGAGAGUGCUGUAAAGGCAUCUCCUAUUGUCAUCUCUGGGCGUCGCGUAUAUGUUGAAAAGAAAAGGUUGGCUGGUUUCAGAGACAAUAUUCCGAAUGGCGUAAAGAGAGGAGGCGAUCGUCAAGGACGCAAUGGCUAUGCAAGAAAUUUCUAA